AUGACUGUCACAAAGAGCUCACAGGUUAGUAUUCAUCUGAUCCCAAGUCAAAGAUAUGAUCGUAUGGUGAAUGGCCUCGCUGACAAUGAGACCUCCAAGGCCCCUAACGAGGCAUUCGUAUUGCACCCAGGCGGCACAUUCUCCUACGAGGAGCGCAGCAAACCCACAAUCCAGACUUCUCGGGAUGUCGUAGUCCAAAUUAUGGCCACGGGCCUCUGUGGCUCAGAUGUACACUACUGGCAACAUGGCCGGAUAGGUCGAUACGUCGUCGAAGACCCAAUCAUCCUCGGUCACGAAUCGACCGGAAUUGUGAUCGAGAGCGGAAGCGAUGUAAAGGGCCUUGCAGUCGGAGACCGUGUCGCUCUGGAGCCAGGUAUUGCCUGCAACACCUGCAAGCACUGCAGAGACGGCCGGUACAACCUCUGUCAAGAUAUGCGCUUUGCCGCAACGCCCCCAUACGACGGAACACUUGCCAGAUAUUACCGCGUCCCUGCGGAAUGUUGCUUCAAGCUCCCAUCACACAUCUCCCUCCGAGACGGCACUCUGAUCGAGCCUCUCAGCGUGGCCGUGCACAGCUCUCGACUGGCAGGCAAUAUGCAAGAGAAAUCAGUCAUUGUAUUCGGAGCUGGACCUGUUGGCUUACUCUGUUGUGCCGUCGCGCGCGCAUUCGGUGCAUCGAAGGUGGUUGCAGUGGAUGUCGUGCCGGCACGAUUGAGCUCUGCGGUCAAGUAUGGUGCCACACACACAUAUCAAAUGACAAGCGAGACUCCGGAGAAGAAUUCAGAAGAUCUGCUGGCUGCUACCGGGAUAGUCGGUGGUGCUGAUAUUGCUUUGGACGCGACUGGCGCAGAACCAUGCUUGAACUGCGGCAUCCUCGCCCUCACGCAAGGCGGGACAUUUGUGCAAGUUGGGCUGGGAAAACCAAACCCUUCUCUUCCAGUUGGUCAGAUUUGCGACAAAGAGCUCGUCUUCAAGGGAAGCUUCCGGUAUGGACCUGGUGACUUCCAAUUAGCCAUUGCGUUACUGGACUCGCGACGGGUGAAGCUUGAUGAUCUUGUCACCCACGAGUACCCUUUCACUCAAGCAGAGGAGGCUUUCAAAAAUGUGGCUGGACGGGGUGGAAUCAAGAGUGUCAUAUAUGGACCGGGUGUGGAUGAGGAAGCUGGGAAUGUAGCAUCAUCAUAA